AUUAUCAAUUCAGUGGUAUUGCUGAUUCUGCUGAGUGCCCUGACCGAUCCUGACCAGUACCACCUAACCAGUGCUGAAUUAGGGGGCGAAUUUGAAUUUAUGGAUGAUGCCAAUAUGUGCAUUGCCACAGCAAUUUCUCUUCUUAUGAUUUUGAUCUGUGCAAUGGCUACAUAUGGUGCAUAUAAGCAACGUGCAGCUUGGAUCAUCCCUUUCUUCUGUUACCAGAUCUUUGACUUUGCUCUCAACACAUUGGUUGCCAUCAGUGUACUCGUCUAUCCUGGCACAAUUCAGGACUACCUCCGCCAACUGCCCAGCACUUUCCCGCCAAUUUUUUACAAGGAAGAGGUUAUGUCUGUGAACCCUACGUGUCUGGUUGUGAUUAUCCUCCUUUUCAUAAGUAUCAUUUUGGCUUUUAAGGGUUACUUGAUAAGCUGUGUGUGGAACUGUUACCGAUACAUUAAUGGCCGAAACAACUCGGAUGUGUUGGUGUACAUUACAACCAAUGACACUGCG